GUGCGCCCUCGGGGGGGAGAAAAAAAUUUCCGAUGUCGGAGAGCAGGAGCCGCUGUGCCGGGGCUGCCGAGCUGCCGGUGUACCUGGCCAGACCGGGCGGCGCGGCCCAGACCCCGCGGCAGAAGCGCGGCGGUAUGUUCUGUACGGUGGAGGGCGCCUACGAGAGUAAGACCAUCGACUUCGACGCCUGCAGCGCGGGUCGGCGCAGCUCCGGGCCCGGGAGGAGGGGCGGCACUCCUCGGGACCCCCUGUCCCCGGAGUCAGACGGACUGAGCGAGAGCGCCAGCGACGCCAGCGAGGUCUCGGGCUCGGUGGUCAGCUCCCCCAGCGAGAGGGAGGAGAGGGCCCCCCUGGAGAUCAGGCCCGCCUCGGGCAAGGGGCUGCCCCCGGGCUGGGCGCCGGGCAAGAGUGACAGGAUCCUAAUUAAAGGUGGGAGGAUCAUCAAUGAUGACCAGUCCUGUUAUGCUGAUAUUUACCUGGAAGAUGGAAUCAUCAAACAAGUUGGAGAUAACCUGACUGUUCCUGGAGGUGUGAAAACUAUUGAGGCAAACGGCAGGAUGGUUAUCCCCGGAGGGAUCGAUGCAAACACGUGUCUGCUAAAGCCCUACCUGAACACGACUAGUGUGGAUGACUUCUUUCAAGGAACAAAGGCAGCCUUGGCAGGCGGAAGCACAAUGAUAAUUGAUCAUGUUGUGCCAGAAAGGGACAGUAGUUUGUUGACAGCUUUUGAAAAAUGGCAUGAAGCAGCUGAUAACCGAUCAUGCUGUGACUACUCGCUGCAUGUGGACAUCCCUCAGUGGAACGAAGGAAUCAAAGAAGAGCUGGAGGUCUUGGUUCAAGAAAAAGGUAUCAAUUCUUUCCAAGUCUAUAUGGCAUAUAAGGACAUAUUCCAAAUGAUGGAUAGUGAGCUUUACGAGGCUUUCACUUUUUUAAAGGAUCUUGGUGCUGUCAUCCUAGUCCAUGCGGAAAAUGGGGACCUGAUUGCAGAGGAACAAAAGCGGAUUUUGGAAAUGGGAAUAAAUGGACCUGAAGGUCAUGCACUGAGCAGGCCCGAAGAGUUGGAGGCUGAGGCUGUUUAUCGUGCUAUCACUAUUGCCAGUCGGAUCAAUUGUCCCUUGUAUAUCACCAAGGUGAUGAGUAAAAGUGCAGCUGAUGUAAUUGCCCAAGCCAGGAAAAAAGGAGCUGUAGUUUUUGGAGAGCCAAUCACUGCAAGCCUUGGGACAGAUGGAACCCAUUACUGGAGCAAAAACUGGGCCAAAGCUGCGGCCUUUGUAACAUCACCACCACUGAGUCCUGAUCCCACAACACCCGACCACCUCAACUCUCUAUUAGCCUGCGGAGAUCUGCAGGUCACGGGGAGUGCACACAGCACAUUCACCACAGCUCAGAAAGCCAUUGGGAAAGAUAACUUCUGCUUAAUCCCUGAAGGCACAAAUGGCAUUGAAGAAAGAAUGAGCAUCAUCUGGGAGAAGGCAGUGGCUACAGGUAAAAUGGAUGAGAAUCAAUUUGUUGCUGUCACAAGCACCAAUGCUGCCAAAAUCUUUAACCUGUACCCAAGGAAAGGAAGGAUAGCUGUGGGUUCUGAUGCUGACCUCGUCAUCUGGGAUCCCGAUACUGUUAAAACAAUCUCUGCCAAAACACACCGUUCAACUGUGGAAUAUAAUAUUUUUGAGGGAAUGGAGUGUCGUGGUGCCCCAUUGGUGGUCAUCAGUCAGGGAAAUAUUGUGCUGGAAGAUGGAAAUCUCCAUGUUAACCAGGGAACAGGCCGUUUCAUUCCUCGUAAACAGUUCCCGGAAUAUAUAUACCAGCGCAUCAAGAUCAGGAACAAGGUGACGGAGCUGUACCCAGUGUCCAGAGGGAUGUACGAUGGUCCAGUAUAUGACUCUCCAGUCACUCCCAAAUAUAUCACUCCAGCCCCUUCGACUAAGUCAUCUCCAACCAAACCACAGCCCCCACCAAUCCGGAACCUACACCAGUCUGGCUUUAGUCUAUCAGGUGCCCAGGCGGAUGACAACAUCCCGCGACGAUCCGGACAUCGUAUUGUCAAUCCCCCCGGAGGACGCUCCAACAUCACCAGCCUAGGGUGACAAUGACUGCAGGGUUUCGCUGCUGGUGGCUGCUACAAAGCAGGUUCACUUCCCCUUAAGCUAUAAGUGUUACGAAAACCGGUGUUCUCUGAUACUUCAGAAAAAUAAAAUGAAACAAAACUU